AGAGGAGAGACACCUACGCGAUCGCUUCAUACUUUCCCAUGUAUCCUGCCUUCAUCUUCUGCACGCGAGGAUCUCUAUCGAUAACCACCAUGGUGCAUCACUCUGGAUCCAUACAGUCCUUCAAGCAGCAGAAGGGUAUGCACACCAGUAUCAGUGAGAUUUUGAAGGAGAAAACGCUAAAGUCGUCUCGUCGCAGUUUGCCGUGUCUGGCUCAGAGUCAGACGCAUCCUCAGAACCUCAAUCACUUCCUGUCUGUGCCUCUGAGUCCUGAACCCAAAACAUACACUCACAAUGUCAGUGCCUCCUGCACACACAUCACACCUCCUCCCACAGACACUAGUCAGGAUGUCUAUAUGGAAGAGAGGGAGGCGGGGGAGUUUGAGCCUAAAACAGAUGAAACAUUACAUGUCCAGCAGAAGCCAGUGUCCAGAGCAAAGCUAGAGGCCCGCACAGACUCCAUACAGGGGAACAAUUUAGAAAACCCCUCAGGAUUGAUGUUUAGAGAUGGGAAGAAGCGCAUUGACUAUAUAUUAGUCUAUAAGAAAUCCAGCCCUCAGGUGGAGAAGAGGUGCACAUUUGAGAGGAACCUGCGGGCGGAAGGUCUAAUGCUGGAGAAGGAGCCCUCAUUAACCAACAGUGAUAUCAUGUUUGUGAAGAUUCAUGCACCGUGGGACACGCUGUGUAAAUAUGCUGAGCAGAUGAACAUUAGAAUGCCCUUCAGGAAAAAGUGUUACUUCACAGACUGGAAGAAAAAAACUAUGGGCAGCCGAUUUCAGUUGAGAUUUCGUCAGCUGAAGAGCUGGCUGCCCAGAAACCCCAUGAAACUGGAUAAAGAGGCGUUACCAGACCUGGAGGAAACCGACUGCUACACCGCCCCCUUCAGCAGGGCCAGAAUGCACCAGUAUGUCCCUCUUCCAUGA